AUGGCACAAACCGUACAGAAACGCAAGAGACCCAGUGGUGCCACACAAGAAGACGGUUCAGACGAAGCUGGACCCUCCAAGCGGCCCAAACACCCAACAGCGCGUAAGAGCACUGGUAGACAGAAACCCGCCCCCGCCUCUGUACGAGGUGGCAAAGUAAGACCCCAGUCGGCCGCUGAUGCAGAAGAAGAAGAGGGACAAACGCGGAAGAAACGUCGUUAUCGCCCUGGCACUCUCGCAUUACGCGAAAUCCGAAAAUACCAGCGGAGCACAGACUUGCUAUUGCGCAGACUUCCUUUCUCGCGUGUGGUACGUGAAAUCGCAAUGGAUAUGAUGACAGACACGAACUACGAGAGGGGAGAAGCUGGGCUACGGUGGCAGAGUUCAGCGAUCAUGGCUCUACAGGAGGCCACCGAGGCGUUUCUGGUUCAUCUGUUUGAGGAUGCUAAUUUGUGCGCCAUACACGCGAAACGCGUAACAAUCAUGCAACGUGAUAUUCAACUUGCUCGAAGAAUAAGAGGGCCAUGGGGUGGGUUGGGGUAG